CGCGCCGCGGAUGCAUGUGAGCGUUGCGGCGAGUGAAGGGGUAGGAUAAGCAUAUAAACAAGUGCUCCACCUUAUAAUAAAACAUUCUCGACAAAUCAGGUUUGCACAAUAUUUGGAUUGAAAUUGUGGUUAAGUUCUGAGGACUGUUAUAAGUGGUACCAUCAAUUUUAAAGAUGGCGUUUUAUAAAUUUUGCACAUCAUUUCUGGGUGUUUUUGUAUUGAUCAAGACAAUAUCCGCAGUGGAAUUUGAUAAUUUAAGUGAAGAAGCCCAGUUUGAUGAGAGGCACUACCAGGCCUUCAAACAUUUUGGAGAUAAAGUCAAAUUGUUGGAUACUUUACAACAAAAACAAGUCCCUUUGUCUUUGACCCUCAACGCUAACUUGGAAAACUCCUUUGAACACAAUUUGGUACUUCCUAAACCACAGGACUACACCCAGUUUGCAUCACUUGAAUCAUCAUUACCAUCUCUUUCGUCACAUCAAGGUGUUCGGUAUACCUCCACACCAGUAGAAACCUAUCAGGUUACAGAAGAAGUCUAUGAACCUAAACCAAUCCCACAAGUGGUACCCGUACCUGGUAAACCUCCACUUAUUCUAGGCUCCGGAUCCCUUGGAAUUGUAAAUUUAGGUAAAGGAAAAUACGCGUUGGGUUCAGGUUCGUUGGGGUACUCGCAACCGGUUGCGCAUCAACAGCUCAACAAUAAACAGGAAGCCGGAGGUGGAUUGCAUGUCGUUCCGCCGCCGCAGCUCGGAAGCAGCGAAGCCUUCGAUGCCGCUUUCAACAACUUCAAUUUCAAGCCGCUGCAUAACUUCUUCGGGCACAAUUAAAACGCAAGCAUUAUUUAUGUGUGUGCGUGGAUGCGUGCGCAUGUUGGACUAGGCGGAAUUCCGCCAUUCAUGCUUAAGUCGUUUUAAUUGUUUGAUUGCAAUGUUACUAGUCUUUUUUGUUUUGUGUUGUUUAUAUCUCGUGCUGAUAUGUCUAAAUGAAUAAAGAUAAUAUAAAUGAAUUAAAUGA